UAAAGUCAACAUGGCAACUUCAAAUUUGCUUAAAUCAUCGGUAAUUUUUGUAAUAAUUAUCUUGUAUGGAAUAUUUAUUCUAUCUCAUGCAACAUUAAGUUCGGCAAGUGAACAAAAUCGUCUUCCUGGUCACUUUAUACCGGUCCAUUAUACAAUUAAUAUAAUUCCUUAUAUUGAAGAGAACAAUUUCACAUUUGAUGGUGAAUCUUUGAUUUUAAUUGAAGCAAAAAUUGAAAGCAAUAUAAUAAUUUUACAUGCAAAAAAUCUUCAAAUAAAAGGAAACAUUACUUUAAACAAUGCUACUAAUAAAUAUGAAUCCAAUAAUUACACAAUUGAUAUUGAAAAUGAUUUUUUGAGUGUCGUAUUUAAUGAAAAAAUAGUACAAGGUAAUUACACUUUACACUUGAAAUACUGUGGUGUCAUUAACGAUAAUUUCCGAGGUAUUUAUCGAAGAAAUUACACGGAUACAUUUGGUGAUAAACAAUGGUUUGUGUCAACUCAGUUCGAACCCAAUUAUGCCCGUCGAGCUUUCCCAUGUUGGGAUGAACCAGCCUUUAAAGCGACUUUUCAAAUUUCUAUUAAACAUAAUAGGAGAUUUACAGCACUAUCAAAUACUCGGUUUAAUUCAAUACUUAGCACUAAUGAUAGCAGUAAUCAUGUGUGGACUCAGUUUGAAAAAACUCCGCUAAUGCCAUCAUAUCUAAUAGCUUUUAUUGUGGACGACUUAGAUUAUUUAGCUCACCGUGAAAAUAAAACAUUCCGAAUAUGGACUAGAAAAAAUGCUGCUUCUCGUGGAGAGAUGCUAUUAUUACAUGGUUUUAAAGCAUUGAAGUCGAUGGAAAAUUUUCUUGGUAUGUCUAAUCAAGAUCAUGGGUUUAAAAAAAUUGACUUGGUUGUGAUACCUGAGAUGAUGGCGAUUGGAUUCGAGAACUGGGGAAUUUUUUUUUUGAAUGAAAAAAUUUUUUUUUCUACUGAAAAUAUUGAGAGUAAAAAAAUAGGGAAAAAUGAUUUAAUUGAUUUAACUCACGAAUUAAAUCACAACUGGUUUGGAAAUUUAGUAACUCAUAAGUGGUGGGACUAUAUGUGGUUAACCGAAGGGUUAGCUAGUUAUUUUUCAUAUUUCAUCAAUGACCAAAUUGAAAAAUCAUGGCGUGUAAUGGAUAAAUUUCUUCUAGAUUGUCGUAAAGAUUUAGUUCUAUAUGAUUCUGUACAUAAAUUUGCAGUUAUGAUUAAUGAUGAUGGACUUAAAAACUUUAAGAGAAAGGACCGACCAUAUAUGAAUUAUUGUAAAAGUCCAGUUAUCAUAAGAAUGAUCAAAAACGUACUCGGUGAAGAAAAUUUUAGAAAAGGAAUAAGGAAUUACUUAAACAAUAAUAAAUUCGGAGUAGUUACUUCAGAUAAUUUUUUUAACGAGUUGACUAAAGUGUCUGGAAAUAUGAAUGUAACUUUAGAAAAAGCUCUUAACAAUUGGCAAAGCACUCCAUGGUAUCCAAUGAUUACAAUUAAUAGAAAUUACACAUCUAAUAAAGCAACAAUAACGCAAUCCCGUUUAUUGCGACACUCUAAUUUAACUUCUACCGAUCAAUAUUGGAUUCCCCUAAAUUUUGCCACUCAGGACGACAUGGACUUUAAUGAUACUGCAAUCACUCAUUGGCUUGACCCAGAUUCAAUUUCAUUAGAAAUUUCAGCGCCAGAAUCUGAUAAAUGGCUCAUAAGCAACAAACAACAAUUCGGAUAUUAUUGGGUAAAUUAUGAUGAAAAAAAUUGGCAAUUAAUUGCAAACUAUUUAAAUUCCGAAAAUUAUUACAAGAUUCAUUAUUUAAAUCGCGCUCAGCUUAUUGAUGAUGCAUUUACACUAGCAGACAUGGGAUAUGUCUCUUACAGUAUCGUUUUUGAAUUAAUGGAGUAUUUUAGAUAUGAAACGGAUUCUUUGCCAUGGGCGACAUUAUUCAAUAACCUACAUCAAUUACAUGAAUCAUCAUUACCACAUUCUUCGUAUUAUGAAAGCUAUAAGAAAAUGAUUUCAACUUUGCUUAAAAAUAUGGAAAAAAAAGUAUUUGUUGAUAAAACAACUGAUGAAAACAUGCUUGAGAUGGUUCUGAAGAAAUCAAUUAUCGAAUGGUCUUGUUUGUUCGGUUCAAAUUUAUGUAAAAAUUAUACUCUCUCAAUUAUAUCGAAGUGGCUAGAAAAUUUUGAAGAAAAUCCGCUUCCAAUGGAUCUUAAAUCUGAAAUACUAUGUGGAGGAAUGCGUUAUAGUGAUGAAAAUACCUGGAAUGCCGUACUGAUGAAAUAUCUAGAGAAUCGAGAUAAAGAUAUUUUACAAGCACUCAGUUGCACAUCAAACUUUACAUUUUCAAAUCAAAUUUUGUUUUUAGCGAUGAACACCACAAUUAAUGAAUCAGAGUGGUGGGAUUAUUUUCGUGCACUUCUUAAGGAAAGUCAUGCUCUGGAAGCUACAUUGAAUUUUGUAAAUGAUUAUCGAACUAAAAUUGAGAAGAGCGAUAGUCGUUAUGAGUUUCUACAUGAUCAUAUAUUAAUGAUCAGACAUUUUGUUAGAAACAACAACCAAUUUUCUAAGUGGGGAGAACAAUUGAAAAAUGUUAUAGGAGAAAAAAAAGCAACGAAUUAUUUAGUACAAAUUCGCAGGAAAGUAGAUGGUUAUAAUUUAGAAUUAAAUUCGAUGAAAAAUUAUUUUGAAAGAAGGAUUAAUUAAAAAAUACAUUAUGAAUUUUUUU